UUUGCUGUCUUUGCUUGUUUUUGAGUUUGUCUCGUGCAUACUUCAUGUGUGACUGUUUCUUUCGUGGUGAUCAAAUAUUGCUGUAUUGUUAUCUUUAUAUUCGUCAAAAAUGUUUUCAGUUUUAAAACUUUCUAAAUCACAUAUAAGGUUUUUGUGUAUUUCUGAAAUAUGAACGUUAGUGAUGUUUAAUAAAGUGAACAGAUGAUUUUAAACCAUAUGCUUCGAAUUUUCAACACAUUCUCUUUAGUUGUAUUGAGACCAUUAAAUUAUACGGUCUGGCACACUAAAUACCGAGAUUUUAAAUGCAAGGAAAAAGUAAACCGAACGACCUUCAGAUGAAUAAAAAUGUCAACAGAAGGAAGUGGAGAAACUCCUUCAGCUGUACCAAGUCUGCCAGGAGCACCAGAGCAAACUUAUCUUUUUCCGAAAGCGAAAGGACAUUCACGAUCCAUCAGUCAUGGAGGGGUGCCAAUGCUGGCAGGAAACCCGACUAGCGUUCGGCCAGCUCUCAAGUCGGCUUUACGAGGACAUCAACGCGCUCUGUCCCAUGGUCAAAUUGGGGAAGGGCCACGCGCGGCUACCGGUUCAGGACACAGUAGAACCGGGAGUCGUACAGAUUUCAUAUUACCACCGGGACAUAGGGAACCUGUGGCAGCUAGUGCUCAACCACGCCUGUCUUCAGUUCGAGGGCAUCACUCCCGUCAAGCAUCACGCUCUGACUCCAUAUAUACCUUACGUCGAGCGUCAGUAGUAGCACCUUGGCGUCGCGCAGUUUUUUGGCUUAUGCGCCGUCAGCAACCCGCCGUCGACAAUAGACACUUAAUAGUCAUCCCAAAUCACCUUGUUCCCGACAAAACGCCCCCUAAAGACCAUCCAAAUGGACAGAGAUGCAAUAAUAAAAUCAGGACUACUAAAUAUACACUGCUGUCUUUCAUACCUAAAAAUCUAUUUGAACAGUUUCACAGGAUUGCAAAUGUGUACUUUAUUUUUAUUGUGUUAUUAAACUGGGUGCCUGCUAUCAAUGCAUUUGGGAAGGAAGUGGCAAUGCUACCAGUGUUGUUUGUGCUUGGUGUAACAGCUAUCAAGGAUCUCUUUGAGGACCGUCGUAGACAUCUAUCCGACAAGAGAAUUAAUAAUUCUUUUUGCAGAGUCUACAAAAAAUCAAUGGAAAGGUACGUCCGAGUGAAAUGGAGAGAUGUGCGCGUCGGGGAUCUAGUCCACCUCUCGAACAACGAGGCUGUACCGGCAGACAUGGUGCUGUUACACUCGUCGAAUCCUCUAGGAAUUUGUUAUUUGGACACUUGUAAUCUAGACGGCGAAACUAAUUUAAAACAACGAGUUGUCGCACCGGGAUUCAGAGACAAACAACUGGAAUUCAAUCCAAUGAAAUUCAGAAGUUCUGUUGAAGUGGAACGGCCGUCGACGAAAAUAUACAGAUUUACUGGAACGAUUUCACAUCCCAAUGGCUGCCGUGUGCCGCUUAAUUCAGAGAACCUCCUAUUGAGAGAAUGUACGAUCAAGAACACAGAUUACGUUGAGGGAAUCGUCGUAUAUGCGGGGCACGAAACAAAGGCUAUGCUCAACAACGGAGGGCCGAGGUAUAAAUGUUCAAAGCUAGAAAGGAAAAUGAACACGGAUGUUAUAUGGUGUGUUCUUGUCCUACUAUUCCUGUGUUGUGCGGGGGCAGUUGGCUGUAAAGUGUGGUUGGAUCAAUACAGUCCAUUUCUAUACAAAUACACGCCCUUCAUACCCUACGCCGAGAAGCCUGCAUAUGAGGGUUUGCUUAUUUUCUGGACGUAUAUAAUUGUGCUGCAAGUAAUGAUACCAGUUUCUCUCUACGUGACCAUCGAAAUGACCAAACUUUUGCAAGUGUAUCACAUUCAUCAGGACGUCGAAAUGUACGACUCGGUAACAAAUACGCGAACGGAAUGUCGAGCGUUAAAUAUAACCGAGGAGUUGGGACAGAUUAACUACUUGUUCAGUGAUAAGACGGGGACGUUAACAGAAAAUAAGAUGGUGUUCAGGCGUUGUACCGUGAGUGGCGUCGAUUACGAUCACCCGCCAGGCCCAGAUGCGGAGCCCUCGACAACUCUACCUCCCAUUGUAACUCCCAUAACAAAAGUCUCGCCGAACAGAAGGAUGCUUCAGCAUCUACUGGAUAGCAAUGACGCUCAGCAUACGCAAAAGGUACGGGAGUUCUUGUUAAUUCUGGCGGUGUGCAACACUGUGGUCGUGAGUCAGCCGCACGUCGACGAUAUGCAGCUGUCCAGCUCCAGCAGUGAUCAGUUCAGAUCUCAGAAAGCUUCGAAGUCCAACGGCACUUUACGAUCCAACGAUAAGUACGCUAGAUUAACUGAAUCUCGGUCCACCACGCCGUCGCCUCCGCCGUCCACCACCUCGCCCUUGCGCCUUCGCUUGCCCAAACUACCGUUUGGCAGUCGGGAAGAAAGCAUCAGUGAACCGAGCACUUCGGCGGAGAUACAGUUGGCCCGCUUCGAAGCCGAAAGUCCAGACGAACUGGCUCUAGCCGAAGCGGCUCUGGCAUACGGAUACGAACUUCGAGGAAGAUCGCCUGAUGAUGUCGAAUUGGGAAUACGUGGGGAAUUAUCUCACCUUAAAGUGUUACGUGUACAGCAAUUUGAUUCUAACAGGAAGUGCAUGUCUGUGGCACUUAGAGUGCCCACUGGUCAGGUGGUUCUAUACGUAAAGGGAGCUGAUAGUACAGUUCUUGGAGCUCUAGCACCAAUGCGAGCUGGAUCCGCAGAAGCGGCUGCCUUUGAAAGGACUAGGUCGUUGCUGUCAGAGUACUCUCGUGCUGGUCUACGUACACUGGUUAUGGCGAAACGGACCAUGCAGCCUGCGCUUUGGGAAGAAUGGCUCGCUGGUCAUGCUCGUGCAUCUGAAAUCGGUGAAGGUAGAGAAAAACGACUGCGAGAUUCAUUAGCUCGACUGGAGAGCGCCCUUACCCUCGUCGGAGCUACCGGCGUAGAAGAUCGUCUCCAGGAAGACGUUCCGCGGACCGUACGAGCGUUGCUCGAUGCGGGAAUAGUCGUGUGGGUGCUGACCGGAGACAAACCCGAAACGGCGAUAAAUAUCGCUUACUCCGCGGCGCUGUUCUCCCAGAGCGACCGACUCCUACAUUUGAUGUCUCGGGAUAAAGAGCACGCCGAGUCCACCAUCAAGAGCUACCUGGAGGGCGGCGCGGCGGAGGCGGAGGCGCGCGGCGCGGGGCGCGCGCUGGUGGUGGACGGCCGCACGCUCACCUACAUCCUGGACCGCCGCUCCGGCCUCGUGGCGCCCUUCCUGUCGCUGGCGCGCCGCUGCUCCGCCGUGCUGUGCUGCCGCGCCACGCCGCUGCAGAAGGCCUACAUCGUCAAGGCAGUUAAGGAGGAGCUGGGAGUUACGACUUUGGCUAUCGGAGACGGAGCGAACGACGUGUCGAUGAUACAAACGGCCGAUGUUGGAGUCGGUCUGUCGGGUCAGGAAGGUCGUCAAGCAGUAAUGGCAUCAGACUUCGCGCUCUCUCGCUUUAAAUUCAUUGAAAGGCUGCUCCUUGUACACGGACAUUGGUGCUACGAUCGCCUAGCGAGGAUGAUUUUAUACUUUUUCCUGAAAAAUGCCACAUUCGUGUUCAUAGUAUUCUGGUACCAGCUGUACUGCGGGUUCUCGUCGUCCGUCAUGAUUGAUCAACUGCACCUCAUGGCGUACAACCUCGCCUUCACCGCCUUCCCCCCCAUCGUCAUAGGCGCGUACGACCGCGCGGCGCCGGCGGCGCUGCUGGGCGAGCGGCCGGGCCUGUACGCCGCGUCGCGCCGCGGCCGCGCCUACCGCGCGCACUCGUACUGGCUGGUGCUCGCCGAGUCCGUCUACGUGUCCGUCGUCGUGUUCUUCGUGGCCGCCGCCGCCUACUGGGACACCGACGUCGACCUCUGGCUCUUCGGCCUCUGCAACAUGACGUGCUGCCUCGUCGUCAUGCUGGUCUACGUCGCCAUCGAGACGAGGAGCUGGACGGUGAUCCACCUGCUGGCGCUGUCGGGCUCGCUGGGCUCGUUCUUCGUGCUGACGCUCGUGUACCAGACGGUUUGCGUGACGUGCUUCAAGCUGCCCUCCACCUACUACGUGAUGCAUCACGCCUUCGUGGACCCCAUCUACUGGCUCGUCGUGAUCCUCACCACGGUUGCCGCUCUGGCGCCCAGACUGGCGUGGCACGCGGCGCGCAACUCCAUCCGGCCGGGCACGCUGCGCCGCGCCGUGCUCGCGCGCCGCCGCCGCCCGCGCCCCUACGCCGCGCACUACCACACGCCCUCCGCCUCCGCGCACGUCUACAGGCCGACGGACGAGGACGGACUGCAGAAGACGAACUCGGACGUUGCGGCGAUAACGUGACGGCAGUACGCGACUCCACCCGCAUACGUUUAACCCUAGGCUGUGAUCUGUCGUUAGAACUAAUGUAUGAUAAUUAUUAUAGAGUAAUAUAUGAUAUCGCUUUUGUACGAUACCGCGGGACCAAUGCGUCAGUUGUCUUGAGUGCGUCACGACGUGACGGCUAAAUCGUGCCUUCCUUAUCUCACGCUAGUAUUUACAUUAGAAAGUGUUCAUAAAAAUCAGUGUGCUUAUGAAGAUCGUAAUUCGAUAGAUCUGCCCGAUGCUUUUAUGUUUUUAAUUUCAAUUACCGAUGUUAAUUAUGUGUUCAAGUUUUAUUUGUACUUAUUUUAUGCAUUAAGAUUAUUAAACCUUUCUAAAUUAAAUUAACCUUGCCAGGCCCGAAUAUAUACUGCAAAUUGCACUUAUAUCGACUAGAAUGCACUUCGUUACUUAAAUUUAUUUUUUUAGUUCCGAUAUAAAUUAUUUUAUGUAGUUCCAAAAUAAAAGACUAACUGAUGCCAAUAAUUUAUUACAAAUUAGAAAGAUCGAGUAGUGUACUUGUAAAUGUGUAGCGGUUUCUAAAACCUCUUGUUUUCGUGUUCAUAUUGAUCGAUGUGUGAUAGUGUAACCAUGAAUGUUGAAAAUUGUGUAUUUUUGUAUGAACUGGACAACCGUUGGCUUCCUUCGUGUCAUAGCUCGUAGUGUACUUGCCUUGUCGGAGACUGCACGCGUUUGUAUAGGCAUCUCUGUCAUCUGUCCUCGUGGCUACUGGUAUUGCGCUAACCCAGAAGCAGCGUGAUAACAUGGGUCAAAUAUUUCUCAGAUGGUAAGGUACAGGUGGUGAGAAAUACACUUGGCGGAGUGCGUUUAUAAUCUUCACUUCGAAUCCAACAUUCCAUUUUUUCCAAAAUAUAAAAGCAUAUAAAAAGGCUAUUUCUUUUUAAAAGGUUUUAAGAAAAGGUUAGUUAAGGAUGUGGGAGGUAUUUAAAACAAACAACAGCAUUCCAUCACUUCUUUAAUGUAUCACUUUUUCUAAACAAAUGUUAUAAAUAUAAAACCUGAAUAUUUAUAAAGUGCCUUUCCCAGCGUACCCGCCGGUGUAUUUCUUUCCGUCACAAGUCCGAUGACGACUAGAUGUUUCCUAAAGAUUUGACUAUUUUUAAUACUGUUUCUAAUUGUACAUACAUUACAGACGAAUAUAUAUUUCUACAUAAAUAAUUGUUAAUGUACAGUAGGAUAUUUUUAUAUAAAUAAAUAUUUGUGUAAAUACCUUGUAUGUUCUAAGACUGUUGUUCAUUUUAGAUCUUUUAAUUUGUUGAUUUAUUAAACGUAUAGUGUAUUGAUAAAAUAUGUAUUUUCCAGUCAUGUUAAGGCUCUGUUCAUCAGAUAUAACGACGCCUGGAAGGUAGAUCUUGCCAUAAAAUUGAAACUUUAGAUCUUGUAUGGAUUCCUACGUGAAUUAAAAAAAACUGUCCCGCUUCCAGUUUAUUUAUGGACAUGUUAGUCUUAGUAACCUUUCUAAUUCUUUUAAGGAACAUAAUUACUUCAAAAAAUAUUUGUUAAUUUGCUGCAAUAAUUAAAAUAAUUACAUUUUUAUUCAAUUAUGCUCGACUUUUAACAAUGAAAAUCCAUAAUAGUAAAAGUUACACGUUGUGGCUUGCCAUAGACAAUAAAUAAAAAAUAUUCAUUUUAAUAAAAUUUACCGCUUAAUUUUAUUAGGCUUAUUCUAUUAUUAUUGUUAUAUUGAAAAUUGAAAUUGUUUUAAAAUGUUCAAAGUACUAAGUUAGUUACCGUUGGUAUUUAGGACGAUGUAAUCGAACAGUAUUUUAAAUUAAAUCGACUAGUCCUUUCAACGAAUGUUAGUGUUUGCAUUUGCUUGCAUUAAGUUUAAUGUAACAGAUCUUCCUAUGAUUUUU